AUGACAACGAAUCAUAGACCAACAUUAGAGAGUAAACGAGGGAAAGCUGAACUGAUUUCAAACACAAUAUUUCAUUCAAGAUCUUUACCCCAACAUACCUCUUUGAAAUAUAGAGGUGAUAUACGAAAACCUAAGGUUGAUACUAAGAUCGGGAAACAAGCAGUAGAGGAGUUGAAGAAGGAUUUACUUCUAAAUGAGGGUAAACUUGAAGAUUCUUUAAAAAUUAAUAAAUCAUUAACGGAUGGUGAUCAUCUGAUGGAUGAGCAUAUAAGUAAAACAAUUGAUAAUCAAGAAGAUGAGCGGGAUUAUAACAGACAGGAAUAUGAUGAAAGAUCAAUAGGUAAAGAAGAAUACAGUGGUUCGGAAGAUGAUUCUGGAGAUGAUUCAGAAGACGAAACUGCUCAACUAAUGGAAGAACUUGCCAAAAUAAAAAAAGAAAGACAAGAGGAACAAGAAAAAUUAGAAUUGCAAAAUAAACUUGAUAAAACUAAAGUAUCCAAUCCGUUGGUGCAGGUAGUAGGUGCUUCUACUGAAGCGAAUUUUAAAAUUAAGAAGAGUUGGAGAGACAGCACGGCUUUCAAGAAGCAAAACUCACAGAAUAAAAAUGAUGAUGAAACCUUUACAAAUGAUACUUUGAACUCCGAAUUUCAUCAAAACUUUUUGACGAAGUAUAUAAGAUAA